AUGGCUGGUUUCGGCGCUCACUCUUGUGGAGUAUUCUUCCAUCGCAGCGGGGAGACCGCGCCGGCCGUCUGGUAGUAGACGUGGUCUUAGGGGGACAGACAUCGCAGCGGGGAGACCGCUCCGGGCGCCCGGAAGUAGACGUGAUCUUGGGGGGACAGACAUCGCAGCGGGGAGACCGCUCCGGGCGCCCGGAAGCAGACGUGAUCUUGUGGGGGACAGUCGGCGCGUGGCGCCCAGCCUGCGGAGAAGAGUCCCGAGGACCCCGCGCGCUGAGAUGAAUACGUUCUACAUCGUGAUUGAAUUGAUCAUCGCUGUUCUGUCCGUGACCGGCAACAUACUGGUUUGCUGGGCUGUCGCCAUCAACACCACCCUGAAAAACGCCACUAAUUACUUUCUGGUGUCCCUGGCCGUGGCGGACAUCCUGGUCGGUUGUCUCGGCAUCCCCUUCGCCAUAAUCAUAAGCCUCGGCCUCUACCUGGACUUCUACGGGUGUCUUUUCCUGGCCUGCUUUGUUCUGGUGCUGACGCAGAGCUCCAUCUUUAGCCUGCUUGCCAUUGCUAUCGACAGAUACCUGGCCGUCAAAAUCCCUCUGAGGUACAAUGAGCUGAUGACAGGGAAGAGAGCCAGAGAGAUCAUCGCCGUCUUAUGGAUCCUCUCCUUCGUCAUCGGCCUGAUCCCCUUCCUGGGCUGGAACGGGAAGAACUCCGACCAUGUCUGCAAUCAAAAGCAGGACAACAGCAGCAGCAGCAGCAGCAGCAGCACCGGCGGGGACAACGCCACCGGUCCGGCAGCCGCGGGCGGGAGCUGUAAGCUCACCUGCUUCUUCGAGAGCGUGGUGGACAUGCACUACAUGGUCUACUUUAACUUCUUUGUGUGCGUGCUGCUGCCUCUGCUCAUCAUGCUGGGGAUCUACCUGAAGAUCUUCAUCGUGGCCCGCAAACAGCUGCGGCAGAUCGAACUCAAGUGCGUUGGCAACGGGGACAGCCAGCCCAACCACAGCCUGCUGAAGCGGGAGAUCCGCGCCGCCAAGUCCCUCUCCAUCAUCGUGGGCCUGUUUGCCGUCUGCUGGCUGCCGGUCCACAUCCUCAACUGCCUCACACUGUUUUACCACGUCAAGUCGCCCAUCAUCAUGUACGUGGCCAUCAUACUGUCCCACGCCAACUCGGCGGUCAACCCGGUCAUCUACGCGUACCGCAUCCAGGACUUCAGGAACACCUUCCGCAAGAUCCUGUCCCAACACUUCCUGUGUCACAGGGAGGAGCUGUACCUCAGCUCCAAUGGCUCCAGGAGGACCAGGGAUCAGAUCCACAUGACCAUUGACCCUCUGCUAUAGAGGAACGAGACCAGGGACGGGGGGACUGGGGGGGGGGGGGGACGGGGUCUCGCUUUCCUCAAACAACUAUCCGUGUCGACGCUCUUGUGCUUCGUCCUCGAAUUCCAUAUGCGGUGAGGUUACAAAUGUUUACAAGACAAGGGUGUGUCAUAUGUGAAGAUUUCAAACGUGCCUUGAAUGUGGACAUUUAUUUAUGAAUUAAAGGAAGAGUCCGGUAUCUUUUCAAGCUAAGCCCCAUUUUCCCCAUGUUUAGGAGUCAAGCCGAGUGGCGGGGUGGCAGAAAGUGGUUCAACAGACCGAACACUGACUCGGUUUGACAGAGUCCGGCACCCGUCACUCGGCCUGACUCCUGACGGUAGGGGGACGAGGCCUUAGGUUUAAAACAAAAAACAAAAAACACCGGAGUGUUCCUUUAAUGUAGCGUAUCAGGGCUCAAGGGGGUCAUACCUAGCUUUCGUGAAGGACUUCGGACUAAAACAAAGACGGUGAACCUAACUGGAUUUGCGGAGCUGUGAAGAGGAUCCGCGUGUGAAUCUGCUGCUUUGCUUCGUCCCCAAACCCCGUCAGUCGCUCUGACCCCCAACACCCCCCCCCCCCGACGCCCCUUCUCGCGCCCUGACUUGCGGACAUGUUUUGAAACGUAUUUUGGAUGUUUGCCAGUGUUUUGAUAAUUUAUUUAUUACAGUGUCAUGUUUUGUUUUUUUGAGAAUGUCAAGGACAAAUAACUUUGUGUGGGCGGAGUCAGCACCCAGACACCCCUCCCCCCCCCCCCCCCGUGAGGUACACUAGCAGUAGCCGACAGUGACGCGCCACAGCCCGCUGCUGAAACAACGCUGCAGCGCUCCUAUUGUGCAAAAUGAGGAAUCCGGAAAGUGUGGUCACGCCGCUACGCAAGCGGAACGUGUGACGAAACGUCCGCAAAUCACAGCGGCGUCGACCCGCGAUGGGAAGCCCGUUGACGUACAGACCCGAGGCGGUGCCGUAACGGUGGAGUUUCUUCACAUCUGACGACCCGGAGACGCAACACCUCAACUUACGUUACGUACAACACGACAAACGCAAAGGCUCGGGGGCGUCCGGGUGGCGUGGCGGUCUAUUCCGUUGCCUAGCAACACGGGGAUCGCCGGUUCAAAUCCCCGCGUCGCCUCCGGCUCGGUCGGGCGUCCCUACAGACGCAGUUGGCGUUGUCUGCGGGUGGGAAGCCGGAUGCGGGUGUGUGUCCUGGUCGCUGCACUAGCGCCUCCUCUGGUCGGCUCGGGGGCGCCUGUUCAGGGGGGAGGAACUGGGGGGGGGGUAGCGUGAUCCUCCCACACGCUACGUUCCCCCUGGCGAAACUCCUCACUGUCGGGUGAAAAGCAGCGGCUGGCGACUCCACAUGUAUUGGAGGAGGCGUGUGGUGGUCUGCAGCCCUCCCCGGAUGGGGCGGAGGGGGCGGAGCAGCGAAGAGUGGGGUAAUUGGCCGGGUGCAAUUGGGGAGAAAAAGGGAGGAACCAAGAACAAAGGCUGUGACUCAGUUUUAGCUCUGUAACAUUCACACUGGGCCGAGCCACGCUAAUGUCCGCCUCUGGUCAAUGC